AAGGCCUUUCCCCCUCGCUUCCUACUUCCGACUGCUGCCCUUGAACUACAACUCCCAUGAUGCCAUAUGUCCGGAGUCUGCGCAGUUGCUCUAUGGGGCUUGCUCCGGCCUCCUGGGGUGCGUGGUACCUGGGUGCCGGGCAAAGCCGGGGAGUUCGUUUUUCUGUCACCGGCAGCUGGAGCAGAUGUCUUGGGUGUGCCAGGAGUGAGUCAUUGCAUCUGGGGCUAAAUGAGGAGCAAUAUUAGUGGUGAGAUAAAGCACUGACCCUCCGACGUGCCUCUGCCUCAACAAAAUGCCAGGUAACGAGUAUUUCUGGAGUUAUCUUAACUGCUACUUUGGUAGAAUGUUCCGCUUCCCUCGGGUGUGUGCGCAAGAAGACAUGGAGAGCCGGGAUGAAAAGCUUCCAGAAUUUAUUGGUAGUUCCCAGAUCCCUAAGACAGGAUGGGAUAGACUCCGGGAACUAUUACACCGAGACGAGAUGAAGAAUUACCCGGAGGAAGUCAUCCAUAUCUGGAAGAGUGCUAUUGUCGCUGGAUUUGUUGGGAUGGUGUACGGUGGUAUUCCUGCAGCUCGGCAUGCUAAAAUCCGUUACAUCGAACAGAGCCAGGCUGAGGUGUACAAAAAUCGCUUGGAAGCUUUGAGGUCAGCACAAGAUGCUGCUGUCCGAGGUUUCAUCCGUUAUGGAUGGCGGUGGAGCUGGAGGGUGACUGCAUUUGUCACGAUUUUCAAUACAGUUAGCACGGGUCUAUCGGUGUAUCACGAUCAGAAUCUCCUGAGGUACUAUUGCACAGCUGGAGCAAUCACAGGAGGACUAUUCCGGAUGAAUCUCGGACUGGGUGGAUUUUUAGCUGGUUCAGCCAUUGGCGCAGUCAUGGGGAUACCAGCUGGGGCCUUGAUCCUGGGAAUUCAGAAAGUUAAUGGAGAGACCCUGCAGGAAAGGAAACGUAGACAACGUCAAGAAAAUUAUAAACUUAAGUUGGAAGAAUGGAGAGCCAGACUUAAUGUGACAGAAGAUUUAGUACAUGAAAUUGCUGGAAAAGAUUCAGUGGAAGAUGAUUUGGAGAAACUGGAGGAGUUACUGAAGCAGCCCAGAAAUCCCAGUUCAUCUGUUCAAGAGAAAAGCUGACUCAUUUAAAGAGUUAAGAAGAGUGUUUGUAACAGAUACCAAAAUUCAAAUAUCUUUUUUUAAAAAGAUAUUGAACAUACCCAAGGCACUCACAAUAGUGAUAUUCUUGGCUUGCUGGAGGACAAUGGAGAUUGAUAAGUGAAAUUACUGUGCAAGCUAUAAAUCUCACAAGACUGAAUAUACUGGACCGGUGAAGAUGUGUUACCUUCUGUUAGUAUUCUCACAAUACUUGUUUCACACAAGAAAUCUGCACCUGGUUUAGCUAAAGAUUAGUUAAAGGUGACUAUCUUCCUUUACAUAAGAAAACAGUGGCCAUUUCUCAAGCUCAUCCCUCAAACAUGAGAUCAAGAUGGAUCAGCACACUGUAACUCCUGAAUACUACCUCACAAUUCAGGCUGUACAAUGCCUAUAAAAAGUAUUCACCCCCUUGGAAGGGUUCAUGCUUUAUUGUUUUACAACAUUGAAUCACAGUGGAUUUAAUUUGUCACAAACGAGAAAAUCGGAUGGCCUGCUGAGUUCCUCCAGCAUUUUGUGUCGAUUUAAUUUGGCUUUUUUUUACACUGCUCAGUAAAAGACUCUUGUGUCAAAGUGAAAACAGAUUUCUGCAAAGUGAUCUAAAUUACUUACAAAUAUAAAACGAUUGAUUGCAUACGUAUUCACCCCCUUCAAGUCAGUAUUUAGAUGCACCUUUGGCAGCAAUUACAGCCUUGAGUCUGUGUAGAUAGGUCUCUAUCAGCUUUGCACAUCUGGACACUGCAGUUUUUCCCCAUUCUUUAUAAAACUGCUCAAGUGCUGUCAGAUUGCAUGGAAAUCAUAAGUGAACAGACCUUUUCAAGUCCAGCCACAAAUUCUCAAUUGGUUUGAGGUCUGGACUCCGACUUUGGUGUUUUUAAGCCAUUCCUGUGUAGCUUUGGUUUUAUGCUAGGGAUCUUGCUGGAUCCCUAGCAUAAAGCAAGAUCCCUGGAUGCAGCAAGAUCCCUGUCUUGCUGGAAAACAAAUCUUCUCCCAAGUCGCAGUUCUCUUGCAGACUGCAUCAGAUUUUCCCUCAGGUUUCCCUGUACUUUGCUGCAUUCAUUUUACCCUCUACCUUCACAAGCCUUCCAGGGCCUGCUGCAAGUGAAGCAUUCCCAGAGAAAGAUGCAGUCACCACCAUGCUUCAUGUUAGGGACUUUUUUUUUUGAUGAUAUGUGGUAUUAGGCUUAUGCUGAAUAUAGCAUUUAGUUGGAUGGCCAAAAAGCUUAAUUUUGGUGUCAUCAGACCAUAGAACCUUCUAGCUAACUUCAGAGUAUCCCAUAUGCUUUCUGGCAACUCUAGCCAAGAUUUCAUGUGAGUUAUUUUUCAUCAGUGGCUUUCCCUUUUCCAGUCUCCCAUCUCAGCCACUGGGACUUGUAACUCCAGAGUUGUCAGUAUGUCUCUUGGUGGUCUCCCUCACUAGUUUCUUUCUUGCAUGAUCACUCAGUUCUUGGGGACGGCCUUCCCCAGGCAGAUUUACAGCUUUUCAUUUAUUCAUGAUUACUUAACUGUACUCCAAGUGAUAUUCAGACACUUGGAAAUUUUCUGGUAUCCAUCUCCUGACUUGUACUUUUCAAUAACCUUUUUGCAGAGUUGCUUCGAGUGUUCUUUUGUCUUCAUGGUGUAGUUUUUGCCAGGGUACUGACUCACCAGCAAUUGUACCUUCCCGAUACAGCUGUAUUUCUACUACAAUCAAUGGUAACACUUAGACUGCACUCAGUGAUUUCCAUUCAGCCCUAAUUAUGUGACUUCUAAAAUCAAUGAAUACUUUUUAUAAGUACUGUAUUUCAUUAAAUUUUCUGUUUUAUUUUAAGUAUGCUGGUUAAAAAUCUAACAUG